CUGGUGUGAAGUCCAUUACACGAACGGUGCGCGACUGAAGUUUUGGAGGAUGGGGAAAGGAUGUGCUUCUGUGGUUAGCACCCACUUGGACAAGUCAAGCCAACCAGUUUGAGGUCCGCUGGCGGCGUCUGGAUGAGUCGGCUGUGCGAACAGCAUGAAAAAGUACUUGAGGGUCUCGGCAGUCCAGAAAGAUUCCAUCUGAUCCAGACGCUUCGGAGGCACCUGCCAUAUAGAACACACACACACAGUCACAAAACUCAUGCCAGCCCCUUCCUGUCUGCUUGCAUCCAACAGACCUCUGUGACCGCUUCCAGAGCGGCGAAGGCAACGUCGGUCUUGCAGUGAGUGAGUAUGGCCUGGAGCAUGGCAGCGCCCCACACGCGAUACCUGGGGUCGCCCGUAAAGUAAUGCAAAUAGUACAGCGACUCCACGGCCUCAGGCCUACAUGGCAAUCAAGGACAGGGUACUUGAUCGUGUGCGUAAGUGGCACAUCGAUGGUUGAAUCCCCUGGCCUUACCUGAGAAGAUAGUGUGCCCCUCUGGCGGGAUAGGUGAGGUCUUCUUUGUCCUCCAUCUCCAUCUCGGGCUUCAGACGGACAAACUCAGGACCCACGCCUAUCAAGACGCGCAUGUGCACCAGUCAAAUAAGUGCUCCAUACAAAUUCUCACCCACCCACUGGCCCACCUGUGGGCGACCUGGCAUACAUGUGAUAGCAUGUCCGGGCCAGCCCGUGGGCCUGCGACCUCCACCGGGCCAGCUCUGCGGCAGUGACGUUCAUGCCACUCCACAGCUGCCUGUUGUGGUCUUUCUCCAGCACAUGCACUCCCAGAAGGACCAUACCCGGCACAAAGCCUGCAGAGCAUUGUGUUGGUCAGCGGAAUACUCAUAGACCCGCUGUGCUAACAGGUGAGGUGGUGGUGGAAGAAGUGUCUCGCUGGGCCCUCAACCUCAAAGAGAAAGAGCAGCCGCGACACCUUCGUUUCGCUCGUGAGGUACUCGAACAUGUCUCGGACAGCGCUCACCCAGCCGUCCAGGAAGUGUUGUUCUGUCUGCACGCAAUCGAAGAGACGGACUUGCAAGGCAGACGGGUUUCGUUCGGUCAAUUCGGUAGAUGCAAGCCGACCUCGUUUGUCUGAAUGUACUGUUUGAGCAGGUAUUCGUAGUAUGAGUCUGACUCGCUGGACAUCGAUAUCUUAUAGCCACUGAACACUGACAAGACAAACAAAACAAAGCAAGAGCACGUGUUCGGUGCAUUUUCGCUUAGCGCACACGGGGGAUCGGUCUUGCUUAGUCGGCAUGGUAGUAAAUGGACCUCGCUCGCUUCAGCAGCCUGAUAUGCCAACGUUUGGUAUUGGUAAGCAGUGGUCAGAUACGAUUUGCUCUCGUGUGCGUGGACCACCUUUCGAAUGGCCCGCAGCGCUCGGUCCGCAGCUCUCUGAAAUCUGAACAGCAGAACGGCUGCCGAUGGAUGAACCAUCGCAUACCACUCUGGCUGUACUGCCAUGGCAUGCCUGUUGUCUUUGGUGAGAUAUGACAGGUACCGCAUCUCAAGCUGAAUGCUGCCCUGCUCUGAAAGGAUGGGGGCCUCCGUGUCCAACACAGCUGUGCCGUUGCCCAAAACAAUCUCCCGGCUGAACCCAAAUCGAGAGAGAGCAAAGACACAGACGAACUGACACAGUUGGCCGCGUUCCGGUCUAGCUUUCGACUGCUCGCAUUACAGAAAAAACCCAGCCGGUGUGACGAAUCCUUGCAGCAGGCGCAUCCCCAGAUCCUUUGCCUUGUCCAAGAACACACGCGAGCCGGACAGGGCGUGGGCGGAAAGCAGACCGGCCAGCAGCCGGAUGGUGAUCUCGAAGACGCUGCCACGCCCAGCCUUGUCGAGGUCCAAGUAUUGUCGCACCCACGCCUCACCCUAUAUAGACAAUACACACGGAAAAUCGACUGACAGAUGCCAUCGUUGUGUGAUGAUUCGUAUUCGUGUGUCUCUUCCAGCCCACCUGCCUGAACUCCUCGUGGAGGCCCAUCAACCACAGAGUCGACAGCGAGUCGAUCAGGGUAACUCCUGCACUGCAUAUGAGGAGAACAGCGCGUACAAAUGAAUGCCGCACAAGACACCUGUAGGAAUGCCUGACCCGAUCCAGUCCUUGUGUUUCUUUGACAAUGGGAGAAGUUCGUCGUGUCCCCACGCAAAGAGCUUAUACCCUCGCCAGCUAUGUUGCAUUGCAGAGACGGCCUGACGAACGGAAAUCAAGGCCAUAUGCCAGCUGAGGGAAUAAUCAUGAUUUCUUUGUUACCUCUUCUUGCCAGUAGUCAGCGAAAGCCUGAGAGAGCAGAAGCUCUUCUUGGCUGAAGUUUGCCAGCCAUGAGCGUGGGAAUGCGCCGUCUUGAGUGGCCCCCGGCCCUUCCUUUUCACCCUUCCCGUGCUUUUCGCCCUUCUCUUGUUCAAAGAUAGGCGAGGCGAGAUGCGGGUCGCUUUGCCACUUUCGAGGGCCUCCACGCUCGGGUUCUCUGCUGUCACCGGAUGAAGCGUGAAGGACAUGUCUCACUCUGGUGAAGGUUGCUGCGUUUCGUGGCGUCAGGUCUGGGGCAAAUGUGAGCCACAUUGACACUUGCCACCAACUGGUUGGGUAAUUGAAGCCAUCCUGUGUGGAUGUAUCGCCCCCGGCUGCCAAUCUCACGGCCAUGGCCGAAAGGAGAGGACUCUCCUGGCUGGCGUACAGGCUCAAGAGAGAAAUGCUGUGGAAAUCCAAGAUGCUGCUGACGUUCAGAUGAGCGAGAGAGGGGGAUGAUGGCGUCAAUGCCACAGUGCUCAGGGGAAAGCUGAUCAGCCGCGCCUCUGCUACAUUUCCACGUAGCCCAGCCAUGCGAUAGGCCAUUCCCGAAGGAUUGGCUCUCUCCAAUAUGCUUUCAGUGGACGGUGGCUGCCCUAGAAUGAAAGACGAAAGCAGCUGGUCAGCCACGCGCCUUUUCUCCGUCGCCCCUCGCCUUGUGGUGGCCCAAUACAGCACUGCAGGCAAGGAAUUAACAGCCGCCCAAGCGCGAUGGAUCCCAGCGAAUAGCCAGUGAGACGGCCAGCCCCUCUUGAGUCGUCCGUGCUCCCUCCCAGCGAUACCAUCCACAGACACACAUUCUGGUGCAGAG